UCGGAACCGAAUGGAACGAACUACUGCCCGUGGUUCGGCAGGACCAUGGGACUACCGGCGGUCGAUCUGCCCGACGAUUGACCGAACCGGACAGUCACAGACACGAUGUGACUACCAACGAUGAAGCAGCACCACCAUCGCGGUUGCGACCGGUGGUCCGCACCGUACCGAGCACUAACGGCCCAUCCGCCGCCGUCGAUGCUGAAGGUGGUACGGGCGAGACCGAACUGGCCGCCGCCGUUGGGAUCGCUUCCAGAGAUGGUACGGCCGCCGUCAGUCGCCCACCGAGUGCGACCGGCCGUGGCCACUGGAUUGCGGACGAUGGUGAUAGCUACAAUCUGGGCGCGUUCGAUCAAACGAACGGUCCGUGGCCGAUCCGGCAACCGUUGCCACUGCCCAAGUGGUCGAGCCGGCCGGUCACACCGUUCGUGGUGGACAAGCUGUGGCAGUACGAGGACCUGAUCGGUUUGAUCGAAACCAAGCUUCAGCGUAUGCUCGAGGAGACGCACUACAACACGGCGAAUAACUUUGUGGAUUUUUACAGGGCCUACCGGGCCGCUCACCGUCACGGCCGCGGUGAACUGAAGACGCACUUCCAGCACUAUACCAUCCCGAUCAACCGUCGGCACCAUAUGUGUGUCAGCUUGGGAAUGGAAAUAGUCUCAAGAAUCGCAGAACAUCAUCCGGACAUUGCACGUCUGUUCUAUCUGGUAUCGUGCGAAGAAGCGUUAGACGAGUCGGAUUCGUACAUUCAACACUGUGAGGAGAAUGGUAUCGAAUAUGCCGGGUCCACUCUGGAGAAGGAGCAUGCAAUGGUAGCGAUGAAGAUCUUGGUCGGAGGACGCGAAGGUGUGCUGAUCCUCGAUCCAGGCUACCAUGUGGCGCGUGCCGUCACUGUCAUGAAGGACCAGAAGUACCCUCACACGGGGUGGUUCACACAGUCGGAUGAACCGCAUUGCAAGCGCGAGUACAGCUACGCACUGCACGACGAGAGCAGUGACUACAUCACCUGGACAGAACGUAUGACUCGCGGUGGAAAGCAACAGUACGAAGAAUCGCUGGUGUACAUCGCACGUUCCUACCGUACGGCAAUCGAUGUUACCGUGCGUCGUAACUUGGUGUACAACUUCCGGUCACUACUGUCCCGCGACGCAAAGGGACGCGUCUGUGCCGGGCUGUACUUCCCAGUUGUACCGAAUUCACUCGAUGCGCAUGUGACACUGUUCUACGACAAUGCUAACGCUUCACAGGUGAAACAGAAGUUUAUGUUCGCCUUGUUCAAAGAUCCGGAAAAGAUUCCUGACCCGGUACUGGCCCAUCUUGAAAAUUUGGCCCCACAAUUGCGCAUGAAGCUUGGUGAGCUGAUCGACCUGAUGGUGGAUCUUGCCGAGUCUGUACACGACAUCGAAUUCGUGCAGCAGGUGCUCGAGAUCAACAAUAACAUCAACGAGCUCUCGGCGGAUAAUUAAACUACUAUGCACUUUUUCUACUUCUUUAUAAUUCCCUAUUUCAUGUACGUAGCUGGGGAAGCUAUUUGAUGAAUCACUCUAAUGCAACUUUGCAUAACAAAUCACAGCCGUUCUCAACUAGAAGCAAUAAUCGACAAAUUUUCUUCACGCGCUGUUACCUAAAACAUCGUAAAUUCGUAAUUCAACAUUUUUCCUGUAAUUAUGUGUGUCAUUAAAGCGAAUUUCUAUUUUGUAAUGUGCUAGCUCGCACAACUUUUAAUUUGCACCGAUUGAAUUACUACUGUCCAAACAGUAACGCAAUAUUUUUGUUAAACUUUACAGGACCAAAACUUCGACAGGUCAUUCCCAAGGUUAAAGAUGAUUUGACGAUUUAUGUAAAGUCUCUUGUUCACACGUAAACAGUUCACUUAACUACUAAUGCACCGGAAGACAUUGCAUCGUAGUGUGUAUGUGAUGUGUGUGGUGGUUCUAUCCCUAUCGGACUAUUUAAUCAGUUUUACUCAAAGUGUAUAUCUAUUCUACCGCAACUACUAAACAGCUUGACAAAUAAAGAUAUAAA